UAAAUAUAUCGGCUAACUGUUAAUUUUGUCAACGUUUAUGAGUAAACUAGCAUAGAUGGCCUCAAAGCGAACGUACGGGCUAAACAUAGGCUUUUAUUUUGAAAUGUCUUGAAGUCUUCGUGCAGUGCGUUCAGCUUCACUCCCUCGUUCCCCUCAGCGACACUGACAUCAUGGCGGACGCCGAUUCUUGGGAUGCCGAUAGUUUCGAGCCCGAGGCUCCCAUCAAAAACGCGGCAGUUCUUGACAAAUGGGAGGGCGAGGAUGAAGACGACGACGUGAAAGAUAAUUGGGAUGAUGAUGAAGAGGAAGAAAAGGAGGAAAAAAAGUCAGAGGCUGAGGCUAAACCUACAGAAAAGAAGAAACUCAGUGAAAAGAUAAAAGAAAAGGAAAAUUUAGAAAGAAAAAAACAAGAGGAGCUCAAAAAACAAUUAGAGUCAUCAAAAGACAGCACAGAACUCACACCAGAAGAGGAGCAGGCAGAAAAGCUUAGAGUGAAAAAACUACAGGAGGAUUCAGACUUAGAACUAGCAAAAGAGGCGUUUGGUGUAGUAUCAAAUAAUGUUACAGGAAUUGAUGCGAUGAGUCCCUCUUCGAAAGAAGACUUCACAGAGUUUGAGCGGUUGCUAAAAGAAAAAAUAUCUCCCUAUGAGAAGUCUAUACACUAUUCCAGCUUUUUAGAGACGCUGUUUAGGGACCUGUGUCUUUCAUUGGAAGUUGAAGACUUGAAGAAAAUUAGCAACUCACUGACAGUGUUACUAAGUGAAAAGCAGAAGCAAGAAAAGGCAAACAAAGGUAAAAAGAAAAAGAAGGGAGUUAUACCAGGAGGAGGUUUUAAAGCCAAGCUGAAAGAUGAUCUGGCAGACUACGGGGAGUUUGAUGGCGGUUAUGCACAAGACUACGAGGAUUUCAUGUGACCAAGGCUUAACCCAUUGAUAACUUUUGCUGGUUGCUGAACCAUACACCUUAACAGCAUGACCUUACCCCACAGUCAGGCCCACUCACCAGAAUCAUGCUAGAAAACUCUGAACGCCAUCCCACGCAAUGCACACUCUCCCCUCAAAGAGGUUUAUGCAGAGAAUGAAUUAACUGAGGGAUUUUCUCUGUUGUGAAUUUAGGUCAAUGUUUGUCGGAAUAAAAAACCGAUAAAACGGGCUCUUCCUUGCAAAUGUGAUCAAUUAAUCGUGACAGUCCAGGAUUAUAUGAACAGAGUGUUAUUGUUCGGUAACUUCUACUUGGAAAUAAAUGACAUUCUAUGCAAAUUUC